AUGCCGCCCAAAGCAACCGGAAAAGCCGUCAAAAAGGCCGGAAAGGCUCAGAAAAACAUCUCUAAGGGAGACAAAAAGAAGAAAAGGAGGAGGAAGGAAAGUUAUGCCAUUUACAUCUACAAAGUUCUCAAGCAAGUUCAUCCCGACACUGGGAUUUCGAGCAAAGCCAUGAGCAUCAUGAACUCUUUCGUAAACGACAUAUUCGAAAGAAUCGCUGCUGAAGCUUCCAGAUUAUCUCACUACAACAAAAGAUCGACCAUCACAAGUCGGGAAAUUCAAACGGCUGUUCGUCUCUUGUUGCCGGGAGAAUUGGCAAAACACGCUGUGAGCGAAGGAACCAAAGCUGUGACCAAAUACACAAGAUGUGUUUUAUUAACCGAGCUAAGCUUUAUCUUGUAUGAACGUGUUUUCUGUUUUGUGGCCCUUAAAAGGGCCGUUUGA